AUGUCUGCUAGUAUCAUGAUUAGUACGUAUACGCCUACAAAUUCAACAGCACCACGCAUCAAGCUCGCGUCGAUGGCACAGUUGGCCGAGGCGAUAAGCACGGAAGACGACUGGACUGGGACCAAGGAUGCCGCAGCACGCAGACGGGCACAGACUAGACUGAACACAAGAGCAUACCUAGGAAAACGCAAAGCCCUAGCAAAUAAAGCCGAAGCAUCUGGUGCUGCAACCGGGACACAGGCCAAUUCAGAAGCGUUGGUGGAAUGCUGGGCCGUUGAGCAGCAAUCUAUAUCUCUCGUCCCAGCAUCCCGCAUCAAGAAACUAUACAAUGCAAGAAAUCCCCUAUUGCCAGGUAAAUCUAGAAAAGGGCAGUUCAAUAUUAUCUUCCCCCUCUGUCCAGAUCACCUCAUCACACUCCUCCAAUUCAAUGCCCUCCGCGCCCUGGCCGUCAACCGCGAUCUAAUCUCGGGCAUCCUUGUCACGCCGCUCGGAUGUGAUGAGGAACUUAUCCAUAUCAUCCCCUACCCUACCAAGCCUGAAAUACUCCCUUCAACACUCCUGCCCACCACACUUCAACAAACGGUGCCGCAUGGCGACUGGGUCGACCUUUUCCCAUGUCCCGAGGGACGAGACCGCCUGAUCCGGGCCGCUGGCACCUUCGACGAGGAUGAGCUCUGGUCCGACUGCAUCGGCGGGCUAUACCAGGGCUUUCCCGAUGACGAGAUCGAGCGACGCGGCAUCAUUGCGUGGUCGCCGCCCUGGGACAUCAUGGGGUGGGAGAUGUCGGAAGGGUUUCUGAGGAAAUGGGGUUGGUUAUUUAAAGGGUUACCGGGGGCGUUAGAGGCAACGAACCGGUGGCGGAUGGAGAGAGGCGAGGAGCCAUUUGUUGAUGAUGACUGCACGUUAUAUGCAACCGUUUGA